AUGUAUUCCCGGUUACCGACGGGUUACAUAACAAAGUCGACUAUCAUUGUGGUGGGAGGUGGUUUGCUCGGAUACGCGGCUACUGAAAUGCUAUGGGGCUCCGAGACUUUUUACAAUAAAGCGGUGAUGCCGCUUGUUCAUAAGCACAUUGACGGGGAAGCAGCCCACAAUCUCGCCGUUCGUGCAGCUUCUUGGGGUCUCAUUCCGCGAUUUGGACCCAAUCGAAGGGAAUAUGACGAACUAGCAUGUGAGUUUCUUGGAAUGUCGCUUAAAAAUCCAAUUGGGCUGGCCGCCGGUUUCGACAAAAACGCUGAAGCUGUUGGUCCUCUUUCAGAGGUGUCAGGUUUUGGUCUUGUCGAAGUGGGAUCAGUAACCCCGAUACCUCAGGAAGGAAAUGCAAAACCACGAGUGUUCCGCUUACUCGAAGAUGAGGCAAUCAUAAAUCGCUACGGGUUCAACAGCGAUGGUGCCAGCAAGGUCUCCAAGCGUGUCAAAGCGGCCAGAGCUCGACGGAGUGGCGACACUGCUGUACUAGGAGUAAACCUUGGAAAGAACAAGCUCACUGAAGAUCCAAAGGUCGAUUACGAGGUUGGCGUCAAUCACUUUGCUGCAAAUUGUGAUUAUCUUGUCGUCAAUGUUUCUUCACCAAACACGCCCGGCCUCCGAUCUAUGCAAAAGAAAGCUGACUUACAAAGUCUGCUUUCUCAUGUCAAAUAUGUCCUCGAUGCUUUGCGAUUGGAGCAACGACCUAAAAUUCUUCUGAAAAUAGCUCCAGACCUCGAACUGUCCGAAAAAAUGGACAUCGCACAGGUAGUCAUGGAUAAAAAGUAUGGCGUCGAUGGCUUGAUUGUUUCCAACACAACAAUUUCUCGUCCUGAAUCUCUCAAAAGCGAGUUUAAAAAUGAGGCCGGUGGUCUUAGUGGAGCACCGAUCCGCAAGCUCAGUACGGAGUGUAUAAAAGAAAUGUAUAGGCUUACUCAAGGACGUAUUCCCAUAGUUGGAUGCGGUGGUGUAUCAAGUGGUGAAGAUGCUUAUGAGAAGAUACGAGCGGGAGCUUCUGUAGUCCAACUCUACACGGCGCUUGCUUUUCAAGGCUUUCCAGUCAUCGGGAAGGUGAAAAGGGAGUUGGCAGAGCUUCUGAAACGAGAUGGUUUUAAAAGCGUAGGAGAAGCAGUAGGUGCGGAUCAUCGAAAACGUUCAUAA